UUGUGGUGUUGAUGGCUUUGAAGUAGUAAGAGUUUUAAGUGGACUUUUCGUUUUAGAAUUGUGUGACACGAUCUGGGUUACUGUGCUUUUCUUUCUUUUUUUGCUUUCCUUGUUUCACUCCCUUGGAUUCCGGUAAUAGUGUUUUUCUUUGUAGAAUAAAGUUAGUAGCUUUAUUGGAAUAUGUUCAUAUCCGAGGGUCACUGUUGAUGAGUCUAUGUUUGUUUAUAAGUUUGGGGGUCUUGUUUUUUAAGUAGCUCACUGAAAGAAAGUCACAGUUUUUAGGGGUUUUGGCUUCUGGGUUUUGCUAAUUUUGGUUCAUUUCAGCUUUAAGCUAGUUGUGCUUCUGUGGGUUUUUGGGUUUUCAAGUAGUACUUGAUUUUUUUGAAGUUUCAUUUCUGGGGUUUCUUGGUUGUUGGGUUAUGAGAGUUUAGUGUUAAUUACUUAAUUUCCAGCUCUGGCUUGGUUCUGGUUUUGCGGCUGUCUCACAGAACUGGCUUUCGUCUAAUUUAAGGUUUCACUUCUGGGUGUUAUCAUGGACUCACCACAAUCUGUUGUGUCACCAUUCAAGAGCUCCCUCGUCGCUGAGCCUGAGAAGCAGAAAUCAGACUUCUUUUCCAAGGGUAUUGAGGUCAACAGCAAGGAAACUGCAGUGUAUAACAUAGAGGACUUCAUUGGUGUUCUUGAGGUUUAUGUACAUCAGGCUAGGGACAUCCAUAACAUAUGCAUAUACCACAAGCAAGAUGUUUAUGCUAAGCUUUGCCUGACUAGUGAUCCUGAAGACACAGUCUCCACCAAAACCAUCAAUGGUGGUGGGAGGAAUCCGGUGUUCAACGACAAUGUUCGUCUCAAUGUUAGGACUGUUGAUUCCUCACUCAAAUGUGAGAUAUGGAUGUUGAGCAGGGUGAGGAAUUAUCUGGAAGAUCAGUUACUGGGGUUUGCUUUGGUUCCAUUGUCCGAAGUCCUUAUGAAGAAUGGCAAAUUGGAGAAAGAGUUCUCUCUAUCUUCAACUGAUCUGUUCCAUUCCCCAGCUGGGUUUGUUCAAUUGUCUCUCUCAUAUAAUGGAGCUUCACCAGAAGUAAUGGCUAUUCCUGCAAUGCCAAAUGCUUUGGCCAGGGAUGCAACUGUGGAGGAUACAGAAAUAUCUGAGUCAAUCCAAAGUGAUUUUGAUAAGAUUGAAUUCCCAGAUCCUAAGAUUGCAAAUGAAGACCAGUUGAUGGUUUCUGAGUAUUUUGCGUUACCAUGUAACAGUUUGGACUCUCAGAGCUCUGAGAGCUUGACCACUUCUGAUACUGAAAACCAACUUAGUUCAGAAGUGGGUGGUCGUGUUGUGGAAAGCUUCUCAACUGGUACAGUUGAGUCCAUCCAGUGUCCAAAGCCUGAUUCUCCACCGAGCAGUGUGUCAACUAAUGGGGUUUCUUCUCCUUCAGUCCCUGCAAGCUCAGAGUCUUCUGAUGCUCAAGCAGCAUCAAAAUCUGCUAGUAAGGAACAUGUUUCAGCUCCAAAAGAGAGUACUGUGGAUGUUAAGGAUGGUGAUACUGAUUCCUCUGGUGGGGAGCCAAGUGAUGCAGUAAACAAGCCUGUUGUCACAGUGAACAUUGAGCCAGAACAAAAUGUGGUGCAGCAGGAUAUAGUGGACAUGUACAUGAAAAGCAUGCAGCAGUUUACUGAGUCAUUGGCAAAAAUGAAGCUACCUUUGGACAUGGACAAUGGGUCAACCAAUUCAGGAAAUUCAAGCUCUGAUCAGAAAUUACAGGCAUCAAAGAAUACUGGUUCCCGUGUGUUUUAUGGAAGUAGGGCUUUCUUCUGAGCUUUGGUUUCACUAGUUCAGAGGAAGACAGACAGGUGACUUUAGAUUUAGAAUGAAGGACUAAUACUAGUAGUGAAGGUGUAAUAAUGUGUUAUGUAGUGUGGUGUCUUCCUUUGUAUGUUGAGAUGUUUUAGAUGACACAAAUCAUGACUUGUACCGGUUAUAAGCUUUUCUUCUAUUGCAACUGCUAUUAGUAUAUAUGAACUAUUUCUGUUUUAUCA